AACUUCCGCUGUUAGACACGCGUGGCCACGCCCACAAGGCGGCUACGUGAUGCGUCACUGCGUUACGUAUAGUCUCGCGUGAUGAGACUUGUGGCGUUGGGAUAUUCUGUAAGAGAGGAGGCUAGGAACCUGCAGUAAACAGUUUGCGGGAGGUGCGAACGCUUCCUGUUUUAAAUCAGUGUUACCAUGGAUACAGAGCAAAGCAUGGAGGGGCAAACACAGGUUUCUGAAAACCCUCAUUCCGAAUAUGGGCUCUCAGAGAAUGUCGAGCGAAUAGUGGAAAAUGAGAAGACCAGCACGGAAAAAAUCUCCAAACAGAAAGUUGAUCUGCAGGGCUUACCUACAAGAGCAUAUCUUGACCAAACAGUAGUUCCUAUACUUUUACAAGGCCUUUCAGUGCUUGCAAAGGAAAGACCACCAAACCCAAUAGAAUACCUUGCAGCUUAUCUCUUAAAGAACAAGACACAGUUUGAGGAAAGAAGCUAGAAUGGAUACAUCAGCCUCCUGCAUUUUACAUAAAUAUUGAUUAUUAAAGAGAUUGCAUUUCGUCCACAGUAACUUAAAUUUACCAAUUCGUGUUUCCAGCAAAAGUGAAAAUUCCAUUUAGACUGUCACAUUGGGGUGAAAAGCAAGACAAAGGGAAGGGGUUAAUUUCUUGCAAAUUUAUUGUUUUUGACCAGAUUUCUGUUUUGUUUGUUUUUUUAAAUAAAAAUGUGACUGCAAAUCUU